CCAACACUUCUUUAACAUCUAAUUCACAUAUGAAAAAAAUAAAUAAAGAGAAAGACGGACCAAAUUUUUUCUUAUAGCGAUUGGCACUUCAUUUUAUAAAAAAGAGUAUGGGAUCUGGCUGACUGUAAUUGUUUAUUUAAACCCGACGUGUUCUACCGCAGGCACGGGAUCCAGAAUGCAAACAUCAAGCUCUUGUUCUGAGACUGGAAGGCGUUUUUGUUCACUUGAUUGUAAAAUUCUCAGAAAUGUCACUAUUUUUUGUGGCAGAUAUGCAUACAGUAUUAUGCUGUUAGCAGCCAUUAUAAUUCAGAUUUAUAAUUCUAUGGACAUCACAUUGGAUGGCAAGAUGAGGUAUGCCUACAUUGUGAGUUUAUGUCUAUAUUAUGGUUAACAAGGGGUCAAAGAAAAAGAAAAAAAGGGCGAGUAUGGCAUGUAAUGCUGCAACUCCUGUUUUCCCAGUUACAGUGUCAACUUUAGUUUGUGCAACUUGCUGUAAAUAUAAAUUGGGGAAACCAAAAAUGCGGUGCCGGUUUUUUCAUAUGUAUUCCGUGCCACCGAAAGAGCAGAAACCCGAUGGAGUAUCAUGCAAUGGUUUAGGGAUAUACGAUUCAAACCACUAUGCGUGUCUUUUGCAAACCUUAAUUGAUAAAAGAGAUUUAAGACAAGGUAAUCUUCUCCAUGCUCACUUCAUUAUCACUGGAAUUAUCAAGGAUAACAGUUUCUAUGGAUUAAAACUCGCUACCAUGUAUGCAUUAAGUGGAAGUAUGGAGGAUGCACGUCAACUGUUUGAUAAAAUGCCUCAAAGAAGCGCUUCUCUCUGGAAUGUAAUGAUUAGAGGAUAUGCUUGCAAUGGACAGGGUGAGGAAACCCUUAGACUGUAUUAUCAAAUGCAAGAUACAGGCGUACAGCCAGACCGCUAUACAUUUCCCUUCGUUCUCAAGGCAUGUGCUGCUCUGUUAGAUUUGCAACGGGGCAGAGAUAUUCACCGUGACAUUGUUAGGUUCAGAUUGCAGUCUGACGCUUAUGUGGGUACUGCCCUCGUAGACAUGUAUGGAAAAUGUGGAAGCAUAGAGGAUGCACGCGAACUGUUUGACAAAAUGCCCAAAACAGGGAUUACAUCAUGGAAUGCUAUGAUUGCAGGGUAUACUCAGAAUGGAUUCGCGGAAGAAGCCUUGGAGCUUUUUCUAAGAAUGCAACAGUCAAAAGUAAUGCCUAAUGUCAUCACUAUUGUUAGUGUUCUUCCCGCAUGUGCUCACUUAGGUGAUCCGCAACAGGUUAAAGACAUUCAUGACUAUGUUGUCAUAAAUGGAUUCGAUUCAGAUGUUUCUGUGGGGAAUUCUCUUGUAGCUAUGUAUGCAAAGUGUGGGGACAUAGAGACUGCUCGUAAUAUAUUUGACAAAAUGUGUAAAAGAACUGUGGUUUCCUGGAAUGCAAUGGUUGCCGGAUAUCAACAAAAUGGGUACUCCAAUGAAGCCUUGAAUCUUUUUCAUGAAAUGCAAGCAUCUAAUGUGAUCCCUAACAGAGUGACCGUCGUGAGUGUUCUUCCUGCAUGUGCUGACAUGGGAGAUCUGCAACUAGGUAAGGAUAUCCAUGAGAACAUUGUGAGAGACAGAUUUGAUUCAGAUGCUAAUGUUUUAUGCUCUCUUAUAGCUAUGUAUUCCAAGUGUGGAUCAGUAGAGGUUGCACGCCAGAUAUUUGAUAGUAUGUCCACACGUGAUGUGGUUAUAUGGAAUGCAAUGAUUGCAGGGUAUACCCAAAGUGGGCACGCCAAUGAGGCCUUGAGAGUCUUUUGUCAAAUGCGAGUUGCUAAUAUCAAGUCUGAUUCAAUCACUAUGUUGGGAGUAAUCCCGGCAUGUGCCCAAUCAGCAGCUCUGCAACAGGGGAAGGUCAUGCAUGCUUACAUAAUGAGAAGUGGAUUUGAGUUAGGCGUUGCUGUGGGAACUGCACUCAUCGACAUGUAUGCUAAAUGUGGGAGGAUAAGGGUUGCUCGUCAAUUGUUUGACAAGAUGCCCAAAAGAAAUUUGAUAACAUGGAGUACGAUGAUUGCAGGGUAUGGAACACAUGGACAAGGUGAAGAUGCCCUUGCACUUUUCCAAAAUAUGCAACAGACGAGUAUAAAGCCCGACCAUAUCACAUUCACGAGUGUUUUGUGUGCUUGCAGUUAUGCAGGUUUGGUGGAUGAGGGUUGGCAGUUCUUUGAGUCCAUGACUCGAGAUUAUAGCAUCGCACCUAGGCUAUGUCAUUAUGGCUGCAUGGUUGACCUUCUUGGCCGUGCAGGCUACUUGAAUGAGGCGCACGAUUUUAUAGAAGCUAUGCCUGUGAAACCCAAUGCUAGUGUAUGGGGGAGCCUGCUUAGUGCCUGCAGAAUUCAUGGCAACAUUGAACUUGGGGAAAAAGUUGCAGAACACCUUUUUGAUUUAGACCCUGAAGAUGCAGGAAAUUAUGUACUAUUGUUUAACAUCUAUGCUGCAGCUGGCAAGUGGGAUGAUGCUGCAAAGGUGAGGACAGCUAUGAAAGAUAGAGGGUUGAAAAAAACUCCCGGAUCCACCCUCAUCGAGGUAAACAAUAAAAUACAUGCAUUUGUUGUCGGAGACACAAGGCAUCCUCAAUCUGACCAAAUCUAUGAAAUGUUAGAAAUUUUAGAGAGACGGAUGGAAGAUGCAGGAUAUGUGCCUGAUACGAAGUUCAUUCUACAUAAUGUUGAGGAAGAGGCAAAGGAACACAUGCUCAGUGUUCACAGUGAAAAGUUGGCGAUUGCCUUUGGGAUUAUUAGCACACGCCCUGGAAUGCCCAUUCAGAUCACAAAGAAUCUCCGUGUGUGUGGUGACUGUCACACUGCCACGAAGUUCAUCUCCAAGAUUGUUAGGCGUGAAAUUAUUGUAAGGGAUGCAAAUCGUUUCCAUCAUUUCAAGGAUGGAAUAUGUUCUUGUUCCGAUUAUUGGUGAUACUCAAUGCUAAUCAAGUUCAAUAAUGAAGAUAUGCCUUAUAUGCGUAGGAUGACAGCCGCUUAGGUGAUGCUCAAAGUUCAUCAAGAUCAGUAUCAAAGAUAAUGCUUUCUUAUCAGUAAGUUAUGGUACAUUAUAUUUUUGAAUGCCAGCCUAUUACUUACCUAUUAGCAUUUACUGCACAAGUAACAUUCUCUGCUCUACUUUGGAAGAAUCGUUAGUGUGACGCCAGUGCUUACUUAUAGAGUAAAUUGAAGUUAAUAUAUUGACGCAGUUCAGGAGAGCAAAUUGUUUGAAAGAGGAUGUCAUUAGCUUCCAGCGGUUACAGCUAUCUUCAGAUCCUUAAAUGCUUUUUAUUUUUCUUUAUGGAGAAAAAUUAGAAACGGGACCAGGAGUGUUCUCUCAGGGUUUCUUUUCUGGUUUUCCAGGAAAGUUGAGCAUAUUUUCCCCUUUUCACUGGCUUCACCCUGGUGCUCUUGUGCAUUUUUACAUGAAGAACAAGUCUUUCCAUCCUGGUGACACAAGAUUGAAUUGGAAGUAGGCUGCAUAUGCUAUACUAAAAACCGGGCACUUCUGAUUGACAGAAAUUCAAUCUAAAUUCUCUUGCAAACCAUUACUUUAGAGAUUCAAAACCUGUUCUAGGUUGAAAAGAUUUUUUCAUUUUCUACUCUUAUAGAAAUUCACCACCAAAACUUAUCUGUUUACUAACAUCAAUAUUGUUUGCGAAAUGCUGACCGAUAUCAAUUAUUUGAGGCAAAAUAAACUUGUGUCUCAGUUUGUCAAUUGAAAAUCUAUGUUUUUUGAGAA